GUUUUUUUGAGUACUACAUUUUUUAAAUAGAAUUUUAAAUAUAAAAAUGAUGGUUGAUGACGAAAUUAUGAUAGUAGAACAAUGUGGCCCCCGUGGUGAUGUUUUUCUUUAUAGCAAAAAUGACAACAACGAAAUAAUUCAGCUCAAAUCAGAAGGGCCUCCUCCAACCACCAUCUCCCUGUCUCUCCAAUGUUUGAAGAAUUUCUUUUGUGAAAUCCUGCUUCCAUAUGGGUACCCAGAAAGUGUUAGUGAAGAUUACCUAGAAUACCAGCUGUGGGAUACUGCACAGGCGUUCUGCAGUACUAUUGUAGGAGCGUUCACCACCAGAGCAAUUCUGAAGGGUGUAGGAGUUGGUAAUGCUCAAGCUACUGCCCUAUCUGCAGCUGUGACAUGGAUUUUGAAAGAUGGAACAGGAAUGGUAGGAAGGAUUAUUUUUGCAUGGUGGAAAGGGAAAGGUUUGGAUUCUGACUGUAAGAAAUGGAGACUAUUUGCAGAUGUUCUGAAUGAUCUGGCUAUGACAAUUGAGUUGUUCUUGCCAUUUUUCAGUGACUUAUCCAUGCCAGUUCUUUGUGUGUCUUCUACCAUGAAAUCUAUUGUUGGAAUUGCUGGUGGGGCAACUAGAGCUUCCAUAAUGCAUCACCAAGCUAUUAAAGAUAAUAUGGCUGAAAUAUCAGCAAAAGAUGGAACCCAGGAAACUCUUGUUAAUCUAGUAGCUAGUAUCACAAGUAUUUAUCUAUUCAACAUUUUCACAGGGCCUAUUUCUGAAAUGAUUUUUGUUUUAUCACUGAUGGGACUGCAUUUAUUGACUAAUUACUGGGCUGUGAAAUCCUUGAUAUUCACAACAUUUAAUGAUCAAAGACUGUUAAUAGUUUUGAGAAGUUAUUUCAAUAUUGGUGCAAUUUUGAAUCCACUGAGAGCCAAUAAAAGAGAAGUUGUCAUAUUAGGAAUUGGUGCAUCAGUUCAUAAAUUUUGUGGUUUCAAUAUCCUUAUGGGACAACCUUUGAAGAAUGUUUUAUGUACUUUGUCACCUGCAGAUUUUCAACAGAAUCUUUCAGUAUACAAAGAUAAAAAUUACUUUCUACUUGUUGACAUCAAUGAAAGGAAUAUUUAUAUAACUUUUGAAAAAGAUGAAACUACAGAAGAAGUUAUUGCAGCAUUUUUUCAUGCUGUAUGUCUAGGCAUUGCAACAUGUUUGUACAAUAAUAUACCCUUGGAUAACUUUUUGAAAAGACAACUUCAUCAUCCCACACCAAUGACUAGAUUGUACACCUUCAUGAAUUCUUAUGAAAAAUCAUCCACUAUGAGAAAUAUGCCUUAUAACAAUUUAUUUGAUUUUGAGGAAUUUGUUAAACAAGAAUAUUCAAUGUUUCAUUUUGCUCUACAAGUAAAUGGAUGGAAUAUGAAUUCACACUCAUUAAAUAUAGGAGAUUGGAGGUCUGACUGGAAAAUUUGUAACAAAAAAAAAGAAUAAAAAUACACUCACAUAAUUGUUUUGUUGUCUUUAUCACAGGAGUAAGUUCCAAAAAUAUAGUUUCUUUAUAGAUCUAUAUAACAAUCAUAAAAAUAUAAUUUGUAACAAUUUAAAAAUCCUAUUACUUUCACAGGUUUAUCAGAUUUAUGCAUUCUGCAAAAUGUGAUUUAAGCUCCAAAUAAUAUUCAAUAUGCAUAAAACUGAAUAAACCAUGAUAAAUAAAUUGAGCUAAACUUCCAUGUAGGUACUACAGGAUCAAUUUUGUAUAUUUGAAAGUUUCAGUUUUCUUUUUUCAAUCUCCAACUGCUGCAUAUAGGACAAAAAGCAGCACCAUACAAGACUACAGGCACUCACAUAUGGUACCCUGUUUUUUUCUGCUAUGUAACAAAAGUUUAUGGUUUGUAAAAUUGGCCAGACACAUACACC